AUGAACAGAUCUGGCGGGGACGAUCAGCAUCGCAAGAUCGUGUUCACGACUCAAAGCGUCGACGGCGAGUCAGAGGCUGUUGUUACAUUACAAGAGCACAAAGAUCCUACGAGGCCACCUUUCUUGAUCAAUGUAUCGACACGACCUCGCGGUCAACAACUGCCGUUCUCUCCACCAGAAAAGCGCGAGACUCAUGUUAUCAUCUCAAGUGGCUCAGGUCAUGGACUCGCGGAUGAGUUCUUCUCCAGCGCUGUGGGCCCGAUCCUCGAAAGCAUAUAUGGAAACAAAGGCAUGAAAGAGUUGAAAGUACAUACCACGGAAUCGCCAACCAGCAUCUUGGAACUCACCGACGCUGUCCUCUUUCCAGCCGCCAAUCAAGGAAAACCAAUCCGCAUCAUUCUCCUAUCAGGAGAUGGCGGCAUCGUAGACCUCGUAAAUGGUCUCUCAUCCAAAACACCAAACCCACAGACCUACAUUUCUCCCCAAGUCGUGGUCCUACCUCUAGGAACCGCAAACGCGCUCUACCACUCCAUCAACGCGGGAGGAUACGACGCAUGGGGUCUCCCCACCCUGACAUCAUGGAAAACAAAGCCCCUUCCCACCUUCACAGCGACGUUCUCCCCCGGCGCCCGCCUCCUCAUCGAUGAAGCCCGACAAGAGCAAGAACUACCCAAAGACACGCAGGGCAACGGCAUUCUUCACGGCGCCGUCGUAGCCUCCUGGGGCAUGCACGCCACGCUCGUCGGCGACAGCGACACAACCGAGUACCGCAAGCACGGCGUCGAGCGCUUCAAGAUGGCUGCGAAGGAAGCUUUGUAUCCCGCUGACGGCUCACCACCACAUCCGUACAAAGGCAAAGUCUCUGUUCUGAAAGAAGGAGAUCGCUGGACCGCUCUGCCGGAAGAAGAGCACAUGUACAUCCUCGCAACUAUGGUCUCGCAUCUCGAGAAACCAUUCUGCAUCUCUCCUGCUACUAAGCCGCUAGACGGGAGUAUGCAUCUUGUUCAUUUCACACCGAGGAGUGGGAAUGAGGUCAUGAGUAUUAUGAAUAAGGCGUAUGAUGGGGGUAAACAUGUUGGUGGUGGGGAUGUGAGAUAUGAGAGUGUUGAUGGGCUGAGGAUUGAGUUCGAGGGCAAGGAGGAGAACGGGAGGUGGAGGAGGAUAUGUGUUGAUGGGAAGAUUGUACGGUUAGAGAAGGAUGGGUGGGUUGAGGUUAGGAGGGUGGAGGAGGGGGGUGGGAAGGGGGUGUUGGAUGUUGUUGUUUCAGGGCAGUGA